UCCGCACCGCCUCUCCGGCCCAGGGUCCCCGGGUCGGUGCGAGCAAGCGUGCGUGCGUCCUUCGGCCCGCUGUCCUGCCCGCAUCCCACCGCCCGCUUGAUGCCCAGAAGUUGUUGCUGAGCUUGGCUGACCAGCACUGGUAUCUGGGAGUUCCGUCCAGGUGGCAGGAACCUGACUACUGGAGUUGUCGCUGCUACCUCCCAGGGUCUGCACUGGCAGGAAGUUGGAACCAGGAGCUGGAGUGAGGAAUCAAAGCCAGGUACUUCCAUGUGGGAUACAGGAGCCUGAAGUCCCCAUCAAAGCCCUUGGGACGUCUUCCUCCAGGAUCCAGGUGUGUCCUCAGUGAGAAGGUGUAGAGUCCUCACGUCGAAUUCAAGGUCUGAGCUGAGCGGGGCCAUGGGCUGCAAGGUCCUUCUCAACUUUGGCCAGCGGAUGCUGCGGCGGAAGGUGGUGGACUGCAGCCGGGAAGAGAGCCGUCUGUCCCGCUGCCUGAACACGUUUGACCUGGUGGCCCUCGGGGUGGGCAGCACGCUGGGUGCGGGCGUCUACGUCCUGGCUGGAGCUGUGGCCCGCGAGGAUGCUGGCCCCGCCAUCGUCAUCUCCUUCCUGAUCGCUGCGCUGGCCUCGGUGCUGGCUGGCCUGUGUUAUGGCGAGUUCGGUGCCCGGGUCCCCAAGACGGGCUCAGCCUACCUCUACAGCUACGUCACCGUCGGAGAGCUGUGGGCCUUCAUCACCGGCUGGAACUUGAUCCUUUCCUACAUCAUCGGUGCUUCAAGUGUAGCAAGGGCAUGGAGUGCAACGUUUGAUGAGCUGAUAGGCAAACCCAUUGGGGAGUUUGCGAAGACGCACAUGGCCCUGAAUGCCCCUGGGGUGCUGGCCGAAAACCCUGACAUAUUUGCUGUGAUCAUAAUUCUCAUCUUAACAGGACUCCUGACCCUUGGUGUGAAGGAAUCAGCCAUGGUCAACAAGAUAUUCACCUGCAUCAACGUUCUAGUCCUGGGCUUCAUAAUGGUGUCAGGGUUUGUGAAGGGAUCCAUCGAAAAGUGGCAACUCACGCCCGACUUCCACUGCUUGAACAAUGACACGAAGGAAGGGAAGCCCGGUGUUGGUGGCUUCAUGCCUUUUGGCUUCUCUGGCGUCCUAUCGGGGGCGGCGACCUGCUUCUACGCCUUUGUGGGCUUUGACUGCAUUGCCACCACAGGUGAAGAGGUCAAGAACCCCCAGAAGGCCAUCCCCAUGGGCAUUGUCUUGUCGCUGCUGAUUUGCUUCAUUGCCUACUUCGGGGUGUCUGCGGCCCUCACGCUCAUGAUGCCUUACAUGUGCCUGGACAAGGACAGCCCCCUGCCCGACGCCUUCAAGCACGUGGGCUGGGAAGGCGCUAAGUAUGCAGUGGCCGUGGGCUCCCUCUGUGCGCUGUCCGCCAGUCUUUUAGGUUCCAUGUUCCCCAUGCCCCGUGUUAUCUACGCCAUGGCAGAAGAUGGACUGCUGUUCAGAUUUCUGGCCAAAGUCAACGAUAGGACCAAAACACCAAUAAUCGCCACGUUGACCUCGGGCGCCAUCGCAGCUGUGAUGGCCUUCCUUUUCGACCUGAAGGACCUGGUGGACCUCAUGUCAAUCGGCACUCUGCUGGCCUACUCUCUGGUGGCAGCCUGUGUGUUGGUGUUGCGGUAUCAGCCAGAGCAGCCUAAUCUGGUGUACCAGAUGGCCAGGACGACCGAUGAGCUAGAUCAAGUGGACCAGAAUGAACUGGUGAGCACCAGUGACUCCCAGACAGGCUUUCUGCCAGAAUCAGAGAAGUUCUCUUUGAAAGCUGUAUUCUCACCCAAAACCCUGGAGCCUUCCAAAUUCUCCGGGCUAAUCGUGAAUGUCUCCGCCAGCCUCGUAGCUGUUCUCAUCAUCACCGUGUGCAUUGUGGCCGUGCUCGGCAAGGAGGCCCUGGCCCAAGGGUCACUGUGGGCCAUCUUUGUGCUCGCGGGCUCUGCUGUGCUGUGCACGCUGGUCACAGCCAUCAUCUGGAGGCAGCCUGAGAGCAAGACCAAGCUGUCGUUUAAGGUGCCCUUCGUGCCGCUGCUGCCUGUCCUGAGCAUCUUCGUGAACGUCUAUCUCAUGAUGCAGCUGGAUCAGGGCACCUGGGUCCGCUUUGCCGUGUGGAUGCUGAUAGGCUUCGCCAUCUACUUCGGCUAUGGGCUGUGGCACAGCGAGGAGGCGUCCCUGGCCGCGGGCCAGGCAAGGACUCCUGAGGGCAACUUGGACCAGUGCAAGUGACGCGCAGCCCCGCCCGCUGAGGGCCGCCACGCCCCCUGCCCUCCCCAGCGGGGCCGCGGGACCCAUCCACUCCCCAGGCGCCCCCAAGCGGGCAAUUACUUGAACUGCAGCCUCGGCCACAGCGGUUGAGGCCGGUCACCUCCAGCAGCUCCUUGGCAGGGGGUGGCCGCCAUGUCUCCUCACCCCCGCUCCAAAGCAAGCAAACAGCAAUUCUGUCGCCAGCUCCGUCCCGGGCCGCGGCGGCCAGCUUCUCUCCUCAGCUCGGGACCGCGGGCUGCCCUCCCCGGGACCAUGCUGGCCUGUGAACUGCACACCCCGCGGCUGGCCACAGGCCCACGGCCCGGCUGCUGUCCCACCCCGGCCCCUGCGAGCCGGGCGCCCUCGGUGGGCGGCCCCUGGGGUUGCAGUCAGGGGUCUGAUUUGCAAAGGACGCAGGGCCUCCGGCUGCGGGGAGAAUGGGGCCGGGGGCGCCUACGCAGUGCGCACGCCAGACGCUGCCCCAGCCCCGGCGGGGCCUCGCGGCUGCCGGCCUCCAUCCCUGCUGGCCAUGCAUGCUAAGCCUCUGGAACGGGAGACGAGGGGCGCAGCGUUGGCCUCGGGGCGGCGGCGUGUAGAACUCUCCGGGGGGCUGUCCCAGUCACCGAAUCUGCUGGGGUGCCUAAGGUUCCCUGAGCAGGAGGCAGCUCAGUGACCUGGUGACCCCAGCCGUGGGCUGCGAGCCCCUGCGUGUGCGCCGCGGGAUUCAGUCCUCCUGGCAGCUGCUCGAGUCCCUGCGCCAGGUUUCCUUGGGGCUUGGCUCGGAAAACGACCGGAUCGCGACCGCCCGCCUGGCCGGCCACACUCCCGCCCGCUUCAAGUGCUUGAGCCUGCCCGAGGCCCCGCCGGGACUCAGGUGUCCGCGCCCGGCACGCUGUGCCCCUCCCGCUCAGCUCAGGCGGCAGCCCUGGUUCGCAUGCUUCUUGGGGAGCGCCGGCGGGGCCUUGCUCCCGUGGAGUGGGUGUCUCCGGCGCCAGCAGGCCCCGGGUGGUCUCUCUGGUGCCCCGGGUAACACCAGAGCUGCUUGCAAAGCUGUUUCCCGCUCCUUCCCCGGCUGUCCUCCCACACGGAAAAGCCUACACGUUGGCUGCACUUGUCUCUCCUCGCCUCCCAGAAGGUUCUCAGCACUCCAAGAAUGAGGGCCACAGCCCGAGGGCCUGCUCUCCCAGGGCCCAGCCCAUGGCAGUCGCUGCCUGCCUCCCGGAAGCUUCCCUCUGAAUGUCCCAGAGGGAGUGGCACGAAGCUCAGAGCUCGGGUUUCCAAAGAAAGAUAUUUAAAUUUAUGUAGCUUUGGUGCUGUAAAAUAUUUUGAUAAACAUUAACUUAUUUUGUUGGGGUUUUGGUUGUCUGUCGUCUUCUUAGGACCUAAUACCUGUUUUUUUUUUUUUCUUCUUCUUUUAUUUUUCUACAUAGGCAAAGAGAACUCGAGGGAAAGAGGGUGUCCAAGGACAGCUGGCGGGGGGAGGGGAAACUUUUUUUUCUUUCUUUCUUUCUGGCUGAGAUGUCCACAGAGGACAGCACCUUGCAGAGACCGCGGUCAGCCACGUGUCGCACGCAUUGCACUGAGGGAAGGCGCGCUGCGUGGGUCCGCCCUCUUGCUUGUCUGGGACACUGGGGCCGGCCCAGGCGCUGCCCCGUGCCCGCCCAAGCUUGGCUUUUAUCCAGAGCCGUUUCUGUACCGUUGUUGGGAGCGCCCUGUACACGGGGACAGGGCCGGAAGCAGUGGUGUCUGGGUGAACCCCCCAUUGUAGUUGGCUUUCUCUUAACAUCCCAGGUGCCUUCCCCUGCAAUGAAUACACAUACGGGCACAAAAAAAGGACCCAUCGUUUCGCGGCUCUGUUUUUAUUAUUAUUAUUAAAGAUUUAUUUUAUUUGGAAGAGCUACAGAGAAAGAGGGAGAGAGCAAGCUGGUUCACUCCCCAGAGGGCUGCAAAGGCCUGGGCUGGGCCAGGCCAAAUCCAGGAGCUGCUUCUAGAUCUCUCACGUGGGUGCAGGGGCUCGGACGCUUGGGCCAUCUUCUGCUGCUUGUCCCAGGUGUAUGAGCAGGGAGCUGGAUGGGAACUGAUGCGGCCCGGCUUGGCGUCUCCUAACGUCUCUGUGCCCGUGAGAAUCAUCCUGGGUUCACAGCCGGCCCAGGAUUAUCUUGCAGGGGAAACUUCCAAUCUGUAUCAGCCGCAAGCCCACCCACCCUGGAAAGACCCAUGUGCCAUGAAUAAGGGGCCCUCCUGCCUCGCCACCACCAUCUGCGUGCGUCCGUGACCCCUAUUCGCUAAGGACCCAGGACCUCGGCCCCAGAGCAGGGGAGUCCUGCAGAGGCAGGGCAGGCCCCACGCCCUCCCCGCUCACGCCUCCGGGAGAGGGACAGAAAGCCUGCCGCGUGGCUCGGAUCAUCCCCAGCUUUGAGCUUCUGUUUUGUGCGGCAGCAAACCCUUUCCACCAAGCCUCCGCCUUCCAUCCAGCGAUCGUCCAUGCGGUCCCGCAUGCUGACUGCUGAUGGGGCCGCCCCCGGCACGGCACCAGACGGCACCUGCGACGCGGAGGCCCUCCCGCCCUGUCUGCCGCGCUCCCCGCCUGCACGUCCGGCCUGGCGCUGGGGCAGGCAGCUGGAACUCGGGUCAUAAGUGCCAUUCUCCCUGCGUCCGCCACCAGCCAGUGUUGGCGGUCCCACCCAAGGCCAGGCAGGUGGAGCUUGGAGGCGGAGCCGGGAGUCCUGCAAGGACGGCUGGAUUCCUGGGACAAAGAUGGCCACGCCCAGGCCUGGAGGCCCCGCCCCCACCCCUGGUGCCAGGGCGCAUCUACACACACGCACCCCCGCGACACCACUAGGACUGCCCCGGGCUGGAUGGAGAGCUGUCACCAGGUGCACACUCCCGGGGGCUGCCGAGCUUCGGGAGGAGGGAAUUGUUGGGGAGACGGGGUGUGACCUAUGUGCGUGGAAUUGUCACUGAGUUCAUGCCGUGUGUAAUUGCUGCACGUCAUUCAAACGGCGUCUGUUUGCCGUGGUCAUAAGAGCAUCACACGUUCCCCCCUCCCUCCCCGCAGCAAGAGCGACAUGUGCGUUUUGUCAGACUCCUGUGGACAUGUUGUGGGGAAUGGGUAGCGACACACUUAACUGAUCCGGUAGUGCAAGAUGCUACCCUCCGCACAUCAGCGAGGUUACGAUGCCUAAAGGCUUUUGUAAAGCUAAAAACCAGUGUCAACUGCUUUUCGAGUUCCUCUCUGGAGUCUGCGGCCUUCCUGUGCCUGCUGCUUCUCGGAGGCUUGGUGUGUUGUCUCCAGAGGGCCCUGGCUCCGCCAAAGGGUCUCAGGGCACAGGCCUGGGUCACCCUGUGAGCGGGCAGAGCCCAGAGACCUGGGCCCGGCGGAUUUUCUCAGGGUAUGAGUGUGUGCAGCAGGGACAGGAAACAGGCCAGGAGGACACAUCGGGACUGUUAAUUUAUUAAGAUCUCUGAUUUCCUGUUUUUUCCAUCACAGACUUUUAAGUUUGGGACUUAUUUUCCCUUUGGAGACGUUGUAAUAUAUAUUUAAGAUAAAUUUCCUGCUUAAGUUGUGCCUUGUGGCUUCACUGGGUUUUAGGGGCACAGGGGUCGUGCUGCUGAAGAGGGUGGGUUUAUUAUCAAACCUGGAGCGCUGUGGUUUCCAGCAAACUGUCUUCUACUGAAUGUGGAGCCAUUAUUAAGAGUUGUGCAUUUUAUUAUGUAAAUUGUAUGAUAAUUUUUGCUUGUUUGAUGUUCUAUUUUUCUACUAGUUUUUCUUAGAGUUUCUUAAAUAAUUAUACUAGAUUUCGAUUCUGAUGCUAACUGCAAACCAGGCUGGUUGCUGCUUGGGCCCCUCUGGGUUUUAUUGUGUUGUAUUUUAUUUUUUAAAGGGCAAGUGCAGGUGUCGCCUCUCACCUUAAAGAAAAUGUGAAACUCUUCCAUCUCCCAUUUCUGCUGACCACACUGUACAUCCACAACUUCCCACCGUGCUUUCCAUGGUCAAAAGAAAAAAAGGAAAAAAGCGCUAUCUUAUGCUUCCACAAAUUCCAAUAAAUGCUGUC